AUGGCUAGACCACGAGGAAAGAGCGUCUCGCAACAUAAACAACUGCAACAGCAACAGCAGCAACUUCAGCAACAUCCACAACAACUUCCCGUCGUCGUUGACACUAGUAAUGAGUUACCAAACGUGAAUGCCCAGUUGGACUUCAUUAACAAGCUGGUCAAGUGGAACAUUCAAGAUUUGGACCACUUUAUCAACGUCCUCACUGCACGCAUAUCAGCCGAAGAAUCAUAUGUACAAUCCUUGGAACGUAUUGAAAAAAUCGCCCCUGUACCUGAACCAGAGGUGCGUUACUUUGGUGACGCACGGACAUCAUAUCAGAAAGUCGCUAUUCAGUACGAGGUAUCAAUGAGCCGAAUGGUCAUUGGACGACGCGAGGUAUUAAAAACAAUGAAACUUCAGCUGCAACGACUCUACAAUGUCAAGGAAACACAAGAAAGCCGACGCAAAAAGAUUAAAACGAUUCUUGGUGAAAAGAAUUCGAAUUACUUGACGUACCGGUCGCGCGACUUUAGUAAGCGACAACGUGCCUAUACAACCAAAUGCGAAGAAAUUGAUGCGGUCGAAGAAGAGGCACAGCAACAUGCAGCAGCAGCAGCAUCAGGAACAGGAGCAGGAACAGUUCCGCCUAGCACAGUAGCAGCAAGUGGUGGAGGGGGAGUGUUAGAAGAACAAGGGCCGCGAAAAUCCAGCGACAGUGAUCAGUCGGGUUCAUCUGCGUCGCAUGAGCAUAGUUCGCACAGGCGCCGCAUGGCGGGGUUGAAGGCACUACGAAAUCAGAUUGUGAAUGCAAUGUCGUCGGCAGUGGAUCCGAAUACAAGGGCCGCCAAACUGAAGCGUGAUAUGAUAGAUUUGGAUCGUGACUACCGUAAAAGCAUCAUGUUUAUGGAACGAUUACGAAGAAAACAAGUGGAAACAAGCCAGCAUGCUAUGAAGCAUGUAGAGGUCAUGUUCUUUGACAAGUCGGAAAUGACAAAGUCCGUCUUACACAACAUACUCACGGUUGAACAAGAUAUGCAAGAGAAAGAAUCUGCACUGACUCGAACCGUGUUCCAGACUACGGAACAAGUGGAUGGUCGUGCGGAUGUUGGCUUGUUUUGCACCGAAUUCGAUAAACUCAAGGGCCAAUUCAACGUUCCAGAGCAAAUCCAUUAUGACAACUAUUAUCACGGCAUAUUAAAAGAUGUUCAAUUCGGAACCUCGCUGGAAUCGUAUGCCAGGAUUCAUCACCGAGCUGUCCCACUACUUGUCGAGAAAUGUAUCAAAGCUGUCGAAGACCAAGGUGGUCUUAAAAAGGAAGGCAUAUACCGAGUUUCUGGCAGACAAAGUAACUUGGAAGCCCUGAAAGUGGACUUUGAAAAGGAUGAAGUAAAUGUCAAUCUCGGCAGCUAUGACGUAUUUACGAUCGCAUCGGUGCUCAAGGUCUAUCUCCGUGAACUGGAGUUUCCAUUGUUUGCAUUACCCAUGAAGUAUCGAGCUGAAUACUCCAAUAAGGAUGAUCCUACUAGACUACGUGAACUAGAAUCCAACUUGAUAGAGUUGUCUGAUCCUCAUCGAAAUACACUCAAGGCCGUGAUUGAGCAUUUGGCACAAGUAACAAGUUAUGCUGAAGCCAACAAAAUGAACGUACAAAACUUGGCUCUGAUUUUCACACCCGCAAUCUUCCACGAUCAUAACAAUGCCGAAAAUCCGGGCGAAUGGUGCAACGAUAAGGUGUUUUCCGACCUCAUCACCCAUCAUCACACAUUGUUCGUCACGGUAGAGUCGGUGAUUGCAGAAAGACAACAGCAGCAGCAACCACAACAAAGAAAGGGCAGUGUCAAUACAGGGCGACCCCCUCUACCUACUAAUAACAGCAAUAAUUCCCAUCAACUGCAGCACCAAAAUCCUCAACAACAAUUUGCGUCAGCAGCAACGCUUCAAUCCACCGCCGCAACCAUGAACGACCAGCAGUUAUUACAGCAGCCGGUGACAGGGUCAUCUACGAUCACUCUCCCGUCGCCUUCGCCCCAUUUAGGCAAUAGUAAUAGCUACAAUAACGAGCCACCUUUGCCUAGUUUACCACCUCCGUCCAGGAUCCCAUUAGAGCGAUCAGAUUCUCGAGGAAAAAAGCUUCUAGCUAGAAAAGAUUCGCUAAAUGCUCUACAGCGUAGUCCGUCGUUAAUACAACAACAGCAGCAGCAGCAGCAACAAAAACAUCAACAUCAAAAGAAGCCAUCCACUUCAUCAUCAUCACAAAAGGAGUUGCCACCUACUGUGGCACAGCCAUUGACUCCUGAACCUUCUUCGCCUGCACCCGUUGUAAAAUAA